AUGAUAUCAACAGUAAAUAAUAAUAGUUAUGCUGAUGAAUUUGUCGAAGGACGAAUACUCAAUCGACAAUCACAAGGAAAUAAUAAUCGAUUGAGAUUUCAAUCAUUUAUUAAUCAGUAUGAAAUUGUUAAGCCACGUACACCAACAAUAAAUCGUAUUAAAAAUCAUUUGAAUAAAUUCUACAAUACAUUAAGUUGCAUCAGUAUUAUGAACACAUUACUAGAUCGAAUACCGAUUAUUCGUUGUCUUAAGGAAUAUAAGAUACGAAAAUAUCUUUUCGGAGAUAUUAUUGCUGGUAUUACAGUAGCUAUCAUGCAUAUACCACAAGGUAACAGACAAAUUAAACAAAAAUAUAUUCUAUAA